CACGGCGAUGAUAAAGCAAGAUGGCGUCUGACGGUGAAGACGUUAUUGCAGUCGUCACAGUUCUGUGUUCUUUAACUGUGCCUCCAUGUACACAUAUAUGUCCUUUAUUAGACUCUAUUAAAUAAAGUAAACAUCGUUAAUAACUGUUUGCAUCCGGUUAUAUUAGUCUGAGCGCACUUUGAUGCAUCUCGGGCUAGCUUAGUUUGCUAGUUAGCUCAGUUUGUUAGCUGCUAACAAAAAGAGGCGGAAGUGAUCAAAACACAUCGCUAAGCAGAGAUCAAGUGUGAGUGUAAAGUGUUGUGAUUGUGUGAAAAUGUGCGAAAGAUCGACAGCAAAGUACGAGGAGGAACUUUGUCCAACAAUAGAGGAGAAGGAGCGACAACAACAAAAACAUCAAGUUGUGUUACACAGAACAGACAUCCAUCAGCUGAUUGAACACCAAGAAGAAUGUCUCCCUCAUCUGCAGGGGGACAGUUUCACUUUAGAGAAUCCACAGCCCUCACAUUUUAAAGGGGGCAAGGAGUAUCCACAGCCCCCCUAUUUUGAAGAGGAGGGAGAGUGUCCUGUAGGGCAGGAGGAGGCUGAUCUCAACAAGUUUCCACUGACUGUUGUCUCUGUGGAGACUGAAGAGCAUGAAGACAAACCACCUGAGUCCUCACAGCUUUAUCACAGUCCAAACGUCUGUGAAGAACAUCUUUACCCUGAGCAACAGAAGUGGAGCUUCAGGAUGCAGACGGAGAAGCCACAGCCCUCCCACAUUAAGAAGGAAGAGGAAUACUCACUGAUCCCCCAUUUUAAGAAGGAAGAGGAACAUCAACGGAUCCCCCAUGUUGAAGAGGAGGAGGAGGACCCACUGACACCACAUUUUAAAGAGGAAGUGGUGGAUCCACUGACCCCUCACAUUAAAGAGGAAGAGGAGGACCCACUGAGCCCUCACAUUAAAGACGAAGAGGAGGAACACAGCAUCAGCCAGCAGGGAGAGCAUCUUGAAGGACUGGGAGAGGUUGAUGUCACCAAGAUGCCAGUGACUGGUGUCCCUGUGAAGAGUGAAGAUGAUGAGGUCAAAGGUGAAAGUGAGGAGAAGAGAGAGGCGGAGCCUCCAAGCAGCAGCUCAACACAGCACAUGACAACAGAAGCUGAUGGAGACCACUGUGGAGGAUCACAAGCAGACAAGCUCUUAGCUCCACUAUCAGAUAGUGAGGACACAACGUCACACUCUCCUGACACUGAUGAUGAAGAUUCUAAAGAUGAUAAGACAUGUCACACUGACAACACUCACUUCACAUGUUCUCACUGUGACAAAACUUUUAAAUCUCCUAGUAGUUUGAAAAGACACAUCAGAAGACACACUGGAGAAAAACCCUUUUCAUGUUCAAUCUGUGGUAAAGGUUUUAUACAAAGUGGUUAUUUAAAAACACACAUGAGAACACACACUGGAGAAAAACCUUUUUCAUGUUCAAUCUGCGGUAAAGAUUUUACUCAAAGACCCCAUAUCAACGCACACAUGAGAAUACACACUGGUGAAAAACCUUUUUCAUGUUCAAUCUGUGGUAAAGAUCUUACCCGAAGGGACCAUUUCAAAGCUCAUAUGAGAAUACACACUGGAGAAAAACCUUUUUCCUGCUCAGAAUGUGGUAAAAGUUUUAUAAUAAAUCAAAGUUUAAAGGCACACAUGAGAAUACACACUGGAGAAAAACCUUUUUCCUGCUCAGAAUGUGGUAAAAAAUUUAUAAUAAAUCAAAGUUUAAAAGUACACAUGAGAACACACUCUGGAGAAAAACAUUUUAUAUGUUCAGUAUGUGGUAAAGGUUAUAAAGAAAGACAGCAAUUAAAAUCACACAUGAGAACGCACUCUGGUAAAAAACCAUACUCCUGUUCAAGCUGCAACAAAAGCUUUCGUCAUCUAGACACUCUUACAGUACACAUGAGAAGACACACAGGAGAGAAAGUGUUGAGUUGCAGUGUGUGUGGUGAAAGAUUCUCUUAUAAGUACCAGUGUAAGAAACACAAGUGUGCUGGUGAGAACAGCAGCAGCAAAUGAAACUGCAGGAUUUGAAAUAAACUGUCAAGACUUUAACUUUCUAACAACAUCAGCAAAUAUAACAUGUGUUACAUCAUUGUUGUGUGUGUAGGAUUCUAACAUUUAUAGAUUAGACUUCAGAUUAGUGCUGUUAUUUCAGUCAAGUACAUGAGUUCAGUCAAGUACAUGAGUUAAUAUAAUAAUACACAUUUGUGUACUUUAAAAUGAACAGAACAAUUUGAAAGGGUGAGAAUAAACCGUACAUAACAUAUUACAUACAAUAAACAUUUAAUGUGUAGAUAUUCAUAAUUUACUUUUAUACUUAUUCAUAAUAGUGUUUUAUAUAUAUUUUUCAAAUAAUGAAGUGUUACAUAUUUUAUUUUCUGCGAUGAGGUGGCGACUUGUCCAGGGUGUAUACCGCCUUCUGCCCGAUUGUAGCUGAGAUAGGCACCGCUUACUCCAAAGGGAAUAAGCGGUAGAAAAUGGAUGGAUGGAUGGAUAUUUUAUGUUCUAAUUGUAGAUGAUUCCAUUGAUGAACUCCUUUAUAUGAUAUACAUAUUUGUUUUACAUGUGUUCAUACCUUUGCUUUUGAGUACACAUAAAUCCCUCUUAGUUCAUAUUUACUGGUUCACAUCUGAAACAUCUUCUGGACCACUUCUGGAAGCAUAUUAUUGUUUACUUCAUACAUAAUUUGGGCAGUUGUAUUUUAUACAAGAUCAUUUACUUUGAAAAUGUGUGACUUUAUGAAUCAUUUGUUGGUUAUCUAUAAUCCAUUCUAUUAAUUUUCUUUAUUACUGUAUUUUGUAGUAUGAAUAUUGUUGUGUGAUUGUUUUAUAUGUAUGUCCCCAGACCUUUAUGCAAUAAACAAUGUAUGCUUCGACUGAA